AUGCAGAAGCUGUUCGUGGGAAUGAGUGAUAGUCAGCGUAACCUCUUCGUGACAAGAACAAUCAGUACGUUAAGGACUCAAGCACAUGGACCUUUCUCAAACCCCCAUGCCUCUACGGGGACACAGUUUAUGCCGCCACAAUUUCCCCACUUCAUGUCACAACCCAGCAGCUAUAUGCAAUCGGCGCCCUUCUUUGGCCAACAACCCACCAACAAUAUGCCACGGCCCCCAAACUUUGGGGGACAACAACCUGUCCCACCAUUUCCUACAAAUCCCCAACAACCGACUGUGUAUAAUCCCCAAACACCAUACUACAUGCCUCACUUUUCGCCGCAACCGGGACACUUUGGUGGCGAUGGCAGUCCGGACCAACAUUGA